UUCACGGUAGGAUAAUGAACGAGACUUGUCGAUUUCAUUAGGGACUGUUAGAUGUGCACACGCGAUCCACUUCGACGCUUCUCAAUGGCUACAUUCUUGAACCCAAUUUAUAAAACGUCAUAAUGACCCUGCCUCCCCCGAGACUUUGCCGCAUGCCCUGAGCAAAUGUCAUCAGCUUUGCAGACAGCAUAUAUAUGGUCCCCUGAUACUCCUGACGUGGUUUCUAUGGAGAGCCGUAUGUAUAUCCAAUACAGGACUGGUAUACGAUAGGGCCUUAGCGUGCAAAUAGAUAUGCAGAUAGAUGUGAGAGAUUGAGGAGUGCACGAUAGAAGAUCAUCAAAAUGGUUUGGAGAGGUGGAAGGUAUCUGUGCUCAUUGCUCAUAUUGACAGCGAUGGGACCAACCACUACAUUAGAUAUCGAUGAUUGCUCGAGCGGCCCCUGUAUGAAUGGAGGAACCUGCAUGGACUUGGUCAAUGCAUACACAUGCUCAUGUCUAGAUGGAUUCAACGGAACUCACUGUGAAUUUGAUAUUCGUGAAUGCGACUCCACGCCCUGCAAGAACAAUGGAACCUGCUUUGAUGCCACAAACUAUUACAACUGCACUUGUCUUCCGGGCUUCAUUGGAACAUAUUGUGAAACUAUCUGUCCUGAUGGUACUUUUGGAGAUUACUGUAUGGAGAGCUGUACAUGUGUGGACUGGGCUAACUGCAGUAAUAUCGAUGGGGGCUGCACUUGUGAGCCAGCAUUUGAGGGAGCAGUUUGUGACAGAAGCGAGGUUAAAGUCACAGCAAGCCGGACAUCUAACGAUACAAUAUCAAAGGGCGACGACUUUACACUAGCUUGUCGGGUCAAUCUCGCAGGGAUAGACCUGGAUGAGGUGGCUUGGUACAGAGAUAGUGUCGAACUCCCAAAUGAGACAGGUGCAGACUACAUGGUAGACAGCAACCCUGACAUGGGAAUGUACAGCAUCACCAUCCUUGUAGCCGAUGCCUUAGAUACAGGGACCUACCGCUGCACUGCUGUGACAAAAGAAAACCAGUUUAAUGCAUCGAGCGAAGACAUUUCAGCUGAUGUUGUUGUUCGUGGUAAAAUUGAUCUUGAACUCAGCAAACUUGAGGAUUAUAUCCAACUAAACCAAACGGCAAGUCUCAACUGUACCGUGUUCUCGACCAGUAAUGCAAGCAUAGCAUGGGAGCGGAAUGGAGUGAGACUAGUGAAUGGUAUGAACAGGACUAGAAUUGAACCAAGCCAAGAAAUGGGAACAGGAGGGACAUAUUUCUUCAGCGUGCUCAAUGUAUCUUAUAUUGUCCGAGGAGAUAAUGGAAUUUAUAUGUGCUUGGCUUUUGACGGAGCUGGGAUUAUGACCGACAGUGGGGAUUUUAACAUCUUUGUCCAAGAGGUGGCAGAACUUGCUAAUCCAGAAUAUCUCAAUGUCCGCUCCAAGCAACUUCAACUUGUGUGGGACUUCACAGUUCAAGGCAAUGACGACGAGAUCAACUGCAUCGCCAAAUACGGGAUUCAAGACACCAAUGAGACAGAGCAAGAUGUGGGAGGUACAUCACCGGGUGUCCCGUUGUUGGACUUGGAGCCCUACACCACCUACAAGUUUCAGCUGAUCUGUGUGAAUCUUGCUGGAAGCAGCGAGCCUCUGGACUUUCCACCCGAACGCACCCUAGCUGGAAAGCCGUCUAAGCCUCGGAAUGUGCGUAUUAGUGAAAUAGAAGCAAGACAGGUGUUUGUACAAUGGGACGAGCCAGAGGUUGAAAAUGGACCUAUUGAUGUAUACAUACUAACAGCUAGAAGUGAAAAAAGCGACUACAUUUAUCCUGUACCAGGAACCAGCGCUUCUUUUACAGGACUUACACCAUAUACAAUCUACAGAAUCUAUGUACGAGCACUUAAUUUCAACUCAGAGGAAGGGACACAGACUAGUAACGAAUCAGUACCCUCAGAAAGUUUUGAAACCUUACAAGCUGCACCUGGAGAACCGGUAGGACUUACUGUUGAUGAUUCUCCAACUGAAUGCAUAAUUUCUUGGGGGCAACCGAGUGAGCCAAAUGGAGUGAUCAAAAAAUAUACACUCUAUGAAGAGGUCUUGAAAAUGGGCACAGAUGUUGUGGAUAAAACCCAAAAAGUUGAAACGCCUGCUACUCAAUUGCAGAUAACAUUUAUGAAGGCAGGGUUAGAUCCCUUUUCCAUCUUUCGUUACUCAAUCACUGCUUCAACUGCACCUGGAGAAGGGGUUACUGCUACCACUACAGACGUUUGCGAAACACCACAAGGAGUGCCUGUGGCGCCACAAUCCAUACCUACCCCUAACGAUAGUGGAAUUUCUCAGACAAGCUUCACCACGACGUUGCUGCCCUAUGAUGCACGCAAUGGGCCCAUUAGUUGUUGCGAGGUGAUUGUUGUAGAACUGCAAAGUGGUGAUCCAGACCUAGAUUCUUCAGACCCUAGUUACGGUCCUGCACAGAUCAAGAGCUACGAGGAAGCAAAGAACACAAAAGGAACACCAUAUAGGGCUGUUGUAUUCAGCAACUGUCCCGCCAAUGGCGUUUUAGUUAUAGGUGCAUCAACUGGCGAUGUAUCGACCUGUAACACUGUAGGUUCGGCUGGAAGUGCUAGUAGAAGAAGGAGACAAACAACAGGUGCCAGUACUCUCACCGCGGUCAAUGGCCCUCUUAAUACCGGUGGGAUCUACUCCACCUUUGUCAGAGUCUAUACUCCCUCUCCAGAAGAUUCUCAGAUGGCCUUCUAUGAGAGUGGACCCUUCAUGGUCCCAGUCACUUUAAAAAGCAGUGGCACGCCUGUGACUUUGACGAUCGUAUCUGUGACCGUUAUUAUUGUUCUCAUCUGUGUCAUUAUGAUAUUCAUUUGUCUUCGUAAACGCAAAAGAUCUCGACGGCAAAGGAACAGGAGUCCCCCAACUGCUUCGGCAGGCUGCACCACGACGUAUUGUAUGUGCACAGAUCCGUUACCCACCAACGAUCAGACCAUGGAAGCCAUGAAUAUUAACCGAUAAAUAAGAAGCCAAAUCCUAUUAAUCAGACUGUGAAUAAUGACCUUGUCAAAGAGGAAUAUGAAAUCAUGAUAUACAAGAGCGGCACUAGGGUUCUUUAAAAUUAUUGUCUGAGUAGAAAAUGUAAUUGUUGCACAGUGAGGAAAUAUUUUGCUUUGUAUUUGCCAUUAAACUAUACUGUGAAAUUGUAAUCAUUGCAAUUUGUACCAGAAUAGUUGUAAGGAGAAAACGUCAGGUGUAGUGAGGAGCAGGCUGGGAAGGGCAAACGGGAUUUUUUAAAAUUUCGAACAGAAAAAUAGCAAUAUAGUUAUUUUGUAUUUUAAUUUUCAAAUAGUAUAACGUGAGAGAGAUGGAAUAUGGAAUAUGGAUAUUGACAUAUGUUUCAUGCCGGAUAUAGCACAAACCGUCACAACUCAUUACUUGUCGAUUUUUAGAUUUAAAAAAAACAUAUAUAGUAAGCAACUGUAGCGUAUCCGGACCUUGGCGAAAGGGGAAAGGCAAUUCUUCCUAUAGCCAAUGAUGGUCCAUUUUUUUCCAGCAAGAAAAUCUUUUUCUUGGCCUUAAUUCGUGUGGAUGGGUUCCCGCUCUUCUUCAUUUCAUCUUUUUUUCUUUAAUCUUAUGAUUUUGAUUUCGAUAUUUAUGGUUUUCAAUAUUAGGAAGUUAAAGUGAGCGGGUCGUCAGUAUCCAUUUGCAGUGGUUCAUAAUUUGCUGACACCAGACUUAAUGAAAAUACCAUUGCGUGUUCAAGUCUGCACACAGCAAAUCGUAGUCCCAUCAAGAAAUACUUCCUAGUCUCUAGCAGAGUCUUCGGUAGCCUUUAGACACGACCUCAUGUCUGAUAGACGCCAAGCGACUAAAAAGAGACUAAUUGCGAAAACCCGAGUGAACGCCAGAGCGAGUGGCCCAGCCAAGUGGCCUUUAGUAGUCUAGUUUGGAUUUCUUAUGUUAACCCUUGUUUCCGACUGCAAUUUUCUACCAAAAUGGUAGCGUCCAAUCACCGAACGUAUCAUCGCGUGACGUCGGCAUAUAUUAUCCAUCAUGUUCACAGUAAACGUAUCCAUCACGUUCACUGUAAACUCUACGUAGUACGAAUACCUAUAACAUUGAACGAAACGAGUUGGACUGGGUCAUUUUAUAUACCGGGAAAGUCUCACUUACAAUUGUUAGCUCAAGUCAUCAAAUGCCUCCUUUUUUAUUGUGAUGUUGCACGUAAACAUAUUGCUCCAGUUGUCUCAUUUUCGCUCGCUGGAACAUUGCCAGCUCAAACCACUGA